AUGCAGCAGCAACCUUCACCGUCCCCGUGGGAACAGCUUCCGGCGGAACUGAUCGCGGAAAUCUUCUCCUACCUCAGCCCCGUCCAGCUGGAGCGGGUUCGACUCACGUGUCGCCGCUGGAACCACGUGGUUUGCGGCACCCCGGCGCUGAUGGCGCAGUUCGAGCUUCGUUUUGACAGCCAGUCGGCGCCGUUUAGCGACGAUCACCACGAGCAAUCCAAGAUGGCGGCCAACGUGACGGGGCGGUACAGCGUGGCGCACGUGCAGUUGGGAUUAGGCGGUCCGCUUUGGGGUAAAAUUGGUGAAACUAUUCAGAGGCUCACGGUGGUUAUUAAUAAUAAGGUCAAUCCACUUAUCGAACUGUUGCGGAUGACACCUAAUUUGAAGAGUCUUUCGUUGGAUAAUUGUAAGCUCGAUCUGAGUAAAGAUUAUGAUUCAGCUAGUUCGGUUGACUUCAAACUCGAGCAUUUGAGUGAACUCAACUUUCACGGUGAAUUUGUCGACCUGUUUUGCCAGAUAUGUCCCAAUCUUGAAGCUUUGAACUACCAAUAUGCGUCUUCGCAACCACCUGAAACAGAUAUCAUGCCACUGAUUCGAACAACUCAAGCUACUUUGCAAAAACUGACGCUUGAUGACGAUUACAUGAGUUCCGAUGAGGUUUGGAAUAUCUGCCCGCUGGACCGACUCCACCUUAAGGAACUGUCGUUGGCCUUCGAUUGGGAAGAUCCGUGGACGGAAAUGGAACGCUUUGUGGCACUGAUCAGCAAGCAACCGGCGCUGGAGCUGCUGCGGUUGGAACCAGUCGUUACGGAUGACACUGAUAUAAAGCGUGACUUCGAUUUACAGAUAUGGUCUGAAAUCAAAGCAAAACUUCCAAAGCUUAAAUCUCUGUAUCUAACCAUCGACGUGUCUAACAGAGCUAAAUUACCGACGUUUUUGAGUGACAUGCAGCAGUUGGAAUGCCUGGGGAUUGAAAUGAACCAAUCUUUCAAAAAUGAUCUGCAUUUGGGCGCCAUCAGUAACACUAACCUCACUAGUUUAUAUUUGAAAACGGUUAAGCUUAAUCCCGAUGAUCUGUCCGUAUUCUUCGCCGAGACACCCAACAUUCGUCAUUUGGGUAUAGACUUAGUGUCAAACGAUAUCCUGCGCUCAAUAUCAUGUCUUAAACAGCUCGAAAGACUGGAGAUUGGUAGUUGUAAGGUAUCUCAACCUGAUUACAUGAUGAGCUCUGUGAAAACCUUAAGUUGUUCGCCCUCCUCAACAACCUCACUAAAAACCGUCGUGACCGUAUUUCCCAACACUCAACAUUUAACAGUCACCGGUCAUCUGACAGACGACGACGUCCUGAUUCUGGUUCGGGAGCUGAAACAGCUUAAAACCCUUAACCUGCCGAAGCGUUCCGCCAUGACGGCGGUUGUGUUCGAUCACAUCAUCGAGCACGGACACUCCCUGGAGCGGCUGCAGAUUCAGCUGGACAGGAGUGACAUUCUGCCGGAGCAACUGGCUCAAUUAAGCCGAACGAUCCGGGUUCGACCCGCUUGCGAAGACUGCUUUGUUAGAGCUGUCAAAAACGCGUGCGAGUGGUUUGGCGUCCAUUAUGGCUUCCACACGUGGGCGCCAUAA